AUGGCUGCAGGCGGGGCCAAGGAAAAGCCGCCGCCCUGGGGCUGGAGCGGGACGCGGCCCGGCGGGAGGCAGUCCCAGCGGCCAGCGAGUCCGGGAGCGGCCUCCACCCGCUUCCUCGCCGACCACGCGUCAGGCGACGACCGCUCGGUGUCAGGGCGGCCGGUGUGGGGGCCGGGUACUCCGCUGGCAGCCCCACGCCCCGCAGUGACAGCGCCCAGACCGCCCCCGUCGGAAGGCGCGGGGCGGCUCUGCGCCUCGGGCGCCGGCGGCCGGGAAGCGAGGGCGGCGGGGAAGGUCCGGAGGAGCCCGGCGGCCCGCACUUCCGCUCCCGGCCCGGCCGCCCAGCCCCGCCGUCCCGCACAAAGGCCCCCCCCCCCCCGGCGGCCCGCGCACGGGAGCCCGAAGCCCCCGCCCGCCCGGCCCGGGCCCCUACCUUCUCCGGGAGGGAGGCGUCCGGUGCCGCGCGGUCGGCUCGGGCCGUGGCUUGUCAGCUCCCGCUCGGCCUCUCCCGCGGACUGGCGCGGCCUCUCCUCUCGGGCGGGGCGGGCGGCGGCUCUUCCUCCUCCUCCUCCUCCUACUCGGCGGCGAGAGGCGGGGACUCGCGGCCCGGAGCCGCCUCCAGGCCCGAAAGGACCCCCGCGGCACAGCCUUCUCGAAGCGCCCCGCCCGCUCCUCCCGCCGCCGCCGCCGCUCCCUCCGGAAAUGCAUUCCUCGCCGCGUCAGCCGCUCGCCGCGCCCGGGCGGGAGGAGGCGGCCGGAAGCCGGGCUCGGACAAAGGAGCCGGCCGUGGGAGCGGCCCGCGGCGGGGGGACGGGGGGGGGGCGGGGGGAGCGCCCCUCGACCGGGCCGCGCGGUGCCUCAGUUUCCUGUGCUGAGCGGAGGGGUGUGGCUGUGCACCCGCGCCCCCUCCUCCCCGCCGGGCCCCCCUUCUCCGCCGGACCCCCCUUCCCCGCCGGACCCGCCUUCCCCGCCGGACCCCGCUUCCCCACCGGCCAUCGGUUCUGCGUCCCGAAGCUGCAGCUAGCAGCCCCGGGACCGUGCGAGACAGCGGGGCUGUAG